CUUUUAUUUUGGAAAGCGUCCAUAUCAUGGCAUUUUCCCCGCACGUCCUGGUAAACACCUGUUAUGGUCUUGUAGGAUUAUUCGCUAUCUCAGGAUAAAGUUAAAAUGAGUAAUCCACUGAGAGGAGAAGUUAUAAGAUUGUACAAAAAUCUUCUGUAUCUUGGGCGGGAAUAUCCAAAAGGCACUACAUACUUCAGGGAGCGUCUGAAAGCAGCUUUCAUGAAGAACAAAGAUGUCACAGAUCCUGAGAAAAUCAAAAAGCUGGUUGACCGUGGAGAGUUUGUGAUCAAAGAACUCGAGGCGCUUUACUUCCUCAGGAAAUACAGAGCGAUGAAGAGGCACUACUACGAACCAGAGCAUUAAUCAAUGUUUCUGCCAGACUGUAUAUGUGUCAAAAGUGAAAUCACUACUUUCUGCUCAUGA